CGUAAUAAAAGCAUUGCGGCAACCUUUCUCCUAUGGCAACGCAGCGCCCAGGGAGACUCAACCUGCUGGCAAUUGCUUUGGCAGCCCUUGCUAGUGCGCAGCUCAUACGAGUCUUCAUCGCGCCAGCGCUGCCCCAGGCACAUCGACCAGCGAGACAGAAGGGCAGUGCCCUGUCUCUGGAGGCAGUGCGGGCGGACCUGAGGGACGAGUGGAUAGACAUCCAGGGCGCGAAAGCCUCCUUCGGCGCCACCACGCCCUUCACGGUGGCCCUUGCGGGGCCCUUGGACCUGGCGGAGGAUUGGCUCUUCGGAGGCGCGCAGGACGACAGCGUCGAUCGCUUGGUGCAAGCUGGCAAGCCAGCCUUCUCAAAGAUCGAGCGCGUCAAGGAGCUGGAGAUCUCUGGAUCCGGCAAGCAGGUGUACAAGUUCUCCUUGCCGGAUUUGGAUCUGAUGGGGUUGGGGAAGGCGACGUCUUCCAUCAAUCUCUUCGGCGCCAUCCGGGAGGAUGCGCGGGGCAAGUUCCUGGAGAUCGGCACCUUUGGGAACCCCAAGGCCAAGAUCGGCUUCGCCACGGGCCUGGACAUCGAUCUGCCGGUGUUCUCGCUGAACGUGACCGGCGAGCUGCGCAUUGCACAGGAUGGGCGCUCAGAGAGGCAGUCGCUGGCGGUGGGCUCGGUGUCCAUCGCCGUGAAGGGCGAGGUCCCCAGCCUCGCCGGGGUGACGCUGCCGGAGCAGGUCCUGAAGGCUGCAGCACAGGAGGCGAACCGCCAGACCUGCGCCUAUGCUUCCCGAAAGCUGGAGCUGGAGCUGUCGCAGGAUUUCGCGGCCUGGCGCGGCCAGAAAGUGCGAAUGGAGCGCCGCUGAGCCGGUUUCCUGCUUGAGAUUUCCAAGAAGGAAAGGUACAGCUGAGCCUCGGGGUACUUGAACGGGUGCCAGGAAGCCUCA